AAUUCGCGGCCAUUUCCCUUUCCGGUGAUAUGAAUUCCAUUCCUCUAAAUUCCCGAGAAUUUCGGAAACCAUUUUCCCCGGAAUUUCUACCAUAAGUAUUGUUUCUUUGUUUUGUGUCUCUGUUCGGUUCUACAGUUACAUGACUUUGAUUUCAUGGAAGUUGCAGACUCGGUCGCGCUCUUCUGCAAAAUCCCAUCUCCGGCGCAGAAGGGAGAAAGCUUGUAGCGAUCUGGGUUGUGAUUUUGGUGAAAAAUUCAAUUCAGAUUUUGUAUCAUCUCUUCGGAUCAUCUUCUUCGCAAAGUAGAGAUUCAAAUUCAAAUCCCUAAAUCUUUUUCUUACCAUCUUCAUUAUUCUAUCUGAAACGAAGGACCCCAAAUCUGAGGUUGAAGAAGUGCUCUUUUUCUUGGCAAUUCUUGAUUAAUCGCUCAAGUUGGUCCUCUUGCCAUGGUGUCUGCUCCAUUUUUGAAGCAUUGGAAACUCCAAAUUUGAUGAGUAUGCGGAGCAGCUGCUGCUUGCCUGGUUGCAGUUUCUAUAUUUUCUCUUGUGGAUUUUGAAGGCAGUGAAUAAAAUGGGAACCCCAGUACGCAGUGGAAAUACAAGAAAACCAAAUGAGACAACGCAGCUUCUUGUAACAAUGUUCAUUGGACUUGUGUUUGGCUUCUUUGUAGGAGUAUCAUUUCCAACACUCUCAAUUAGCAAGAUGAAUCUCCCAUCCACCCUUUUUCCUUCCCUUGAUCUCACGUACAUAGAGGACAAGUAUUCAGGCCUAUCAAGCCAAACACUGUUGGAUGCCUGGUCUAAUCUGAAGGGAAAUAGUGGUAGUUUAACUCAAGUUCAGAAAUUUAAUGAUGCAAAGAUUUGGGUUCCAACAAAUCCUCGAGGUGCUGAAAGACUAGCCCCAGGUAUCGUUGAAUCUGAAUCAGAUUUAUUCCCCCGCAGAUUGUGGGGUCGACCCAAUGAGGAUAUGACCAUCAAACCCAAGUAUCUUGUCACCUUUACUGUUGGUUAUGAUCAAAGAAGCAAUAUAGACACUGCUCUUAAAAAGUUCUCAGAGAACUUUACCAUUCUACUAUUCCAUUAUGAUGGUCGAACAAGUGAAUGGGAAGAAUUUGAAUGGUCAAAGCGGGCUAUUCAUGUGAGUGCUCCAAAGCAAACUAAAUGGUGGUUUGCCAAGCGCUUUUUGCAUCCUGACAUUGUGGCAUCUUACGACUACAUAUUUAUGUGGGAUGAAGACCUAGGGGUGGAGCAUUUCGAUGCAGAGGAAUAUUUAAAACUGGUUAGGAAGCACAAGUUAGAGAUUUCUCAGCCUGGUUUAGAACCGAAUAGAGUUUUAACAUGGCAAAUGACAAAGAAAAGAGAUGAUGGUGAAGUACACAAAGAAGCAGAGGAGAAAGAUGGUUGGUGCACUUCUCCACAUUUACCACCAUGUGCAGCAUUUGUCGAAAUCAUGGCUACCGUGUUUUCACGAGAUGCUUGGCGCUGUGUUUGGUAUAUGAUUCAGAACGACUUGGUUCAUGGAUGGGGUUUAGAUUUUUCUCUUAGGAAAUGCGUGGAGCCUGCUCAUGAGAAAAUUGGUGUUGUAGACGCUCAGUGGAUUGUCCAUCAGGGUGUUCCAUCUCUUGGGAACCAGGGGCAGGCUGGAAAGGGGAAGGCAGCAUGGGAAGGAGUGAGAGACAGGUGUAAAAAGGAAUGGGCAAUGUUCCAAAGUAGGCUGUCUAAUGCAGAAAAGGCUUACUAUACAUCAAUGACAAUGGUUCCUCCCAAUACCUCCCUUCCUUAGAGAUCGUUACAGUAUUGUACUAAACUGCUAACCCUUUUUUUUUUUUUUUUCCGAGGUUCCCAGUUUUUGUAAUAGCUCACAAAAUAAUUAAUAAAAGCAAAGUCGCCCCUCUAUGUGGUUGAGCAA